AUUCUAUUUGGCAACUGGCAACCGAACGCUUUACGUCCGAUUUACUUCAUCUUAGAUAUGAAAAAAUUUAAAAUUUAAAAUCAAAGUAAACGUGAGCACGGUUGGACCCACUAUGGUCCAAAUCCAAAUGUAAGGCAAUGGUUCAGUAUUGCAGUUGCGACGAAUUACAACCGACUGAGAACAGAAGUCGUCUCAUCAGUUUACCACUCACCGGGCUAAUCCCAAAUAUGAUGUCGCUCAUUUCAUCUCUUCUCUAAUUCUCUAACCCUGCAAAAUACAAUCAAAUCUGCAGUCAAUAUUAAAUAAUACAUAUAUUAGUUUGUUUAUAUGCAAUUAACUUGAAUAUGAAAUACUUGAUUAAACCGAGACUGAACGAGUAAUGGCGGAUUCGGUGUCGUUUAAGUUUCCAUACAGGAACCUUAAGAAGGAGGCAGAAGUGGAGAUGGUCGGAGCAGAUGAUCUUCAUCUCCGUCGGAUCGACUUGACUUCUAAUCCAUCUUCUCAUGUAACGAUUUCCAAUGGAAACUCCGAUUUUGUUGUCAGAUCCAAACAAUGUAGCUUGUUUACUCUUAUUCUCAGUUGUACGGUUGCUGCCGGUGUUCAGUUCGGUUGGGCCUUGCAACUUUCUUUAUUAACUCCUUAUAUUCAGACACUUGGAAUAGAGCAUGCCUUUUCUUCAUUCAUUUGGCUCUGUGGCCCCAUUACAGGCCUUGUGGUUCAACCUUGUGUUGGUAUUUGGAGUGAUAAAUGCACUUCAAAGUAUGGAAGGAGGCGACCAUAUAUUCUUGCAGGAUCUCUCAUGAUUUCAGUUGCUGUGAUAAUAAUAGGGUUUUCAGCAGACAUUGGUUAUAUAUUUGGUGAUACAAAGGAGGAUUGCAGAGUAUUCAAUGGAACUCGCACAAGAGCUGCUUUUGUAUUUGUUAUUGGGUUCUGGAUGCUGGAUCUUGCUAACAAUACGGUGCAGGGACCAGCUCGUGCUCUUCUGGCUGACCUAUCAGGUCCUGAUCAACGCAAUUCAGCUAAUGCUAUAUUCUGCUCAUGGAUGGCUGUUGGAAACAUCUUAGGAUUUUCUGCUGGUGCUAGUGGAGAUUGGCACAGAUGGUUUCCUUUCCUAACAAGUAGAGCUUGUUGUGCGGCUUGUGGAAAUCUCAAAGCAGCAUUUCUUGUGGCAGUGGUCUUCUUGACUCUAUGUACUCUUGUGACUAUAUAUUUUGCUGAUGAAGUUUCACUUGCUGUAAAUCAGCCCAAUAAUUUAUCAGAUUCUGCUCCUUUUUUGGAUGAUCCUCAUGAAAAUGGCCUUGACCUUUCCAAAUCAAAACCUGAUGUAUCUAUUGCUUCCAGUUUCAAUGGCAACAAUGGAGACAGUGUCCAUGAACGUGAUGUAGACCAAGAGCAUGUCAACACUAAAGUCGAGGAUCAAAAUGAAAGUUAUAAUGAUGGGCCUGGAGCUGUAUUAGUCAAUUUGUUAACCAGUUUAAGGCAUUUACCCCCUGCAAUGUAUGCGGUGCUUAUUGUUAUGGCCCUUAGUUGGUUGUCCUGGUUCCCCUUCUUUCUUUUUGACACAGAUUGGAUGGGGAGAGAGGUUUAUCAUGGGAAUCCAAAAGGAAAGUCUUCUGAAGUGAAGUUAUAUGAUCAAGGUGUCAGAGAAGGUGCAUUCGGUUUGCUAUUGAAUUCAGUUAUUCUUGGCAUUAGUUCUUUCCUUAUUCAACCUAUGUGUCGGCGAAUGGGUGCAAGGCUUGUCUGGGCAAUGAGCAAUUUCAUUGUGUUUGCUUGCAUGGCAGGAACAGCUAUCAUUAGCUUGAUAUCUGUCAGGGCGUACUCUCAGGGGAUUGAACAUGUAAUUGGAGGCAAUGGAUCGAUCCGAAUAGCAUCGUUGGUCUUAUUUGCUCUUCUUGGUUUUCCCCUUGCUAUUACUUAUAGUGUCCCCUUUUCGAUCACUGCACAGUUGACUGCAGAUUCUGGUGGUGGGCAAGGAUUGGCAAUAGGAGUUCUGAAUCUUGCAAUUGUUGUUCCACAGAUGGUUGUGUCACUUGGUGCGGGUCCAUGGGAUGCUCUUUUCGGUGGAGGAAAUAUACCUGCCUUUGUUUUGGCAUCCUUGUGUGCCCUUGCUGCUGGUGUUGUUGCUACUCUAAAGCUUCCAGAUCUUUCCAGAAGUUCUUUCGAGUCAUCUGGGUUUCAUAUUGGUUAAUAACAUUACUGUCGUCAAUGAAGAAGCAUUCAGUCUGUAUAUGAUUAUCAGAAACCACAAGCGGAGCGCCUGCUCAAUGAUUUUCUUCAGGACCCAUCGCUAGAUAUGGAUGUUCAAACAUCAUCCUUUCCCACUUGUUACCUGCUGGAAUUCAAUGCCUCUGAGAUUAUGAGUAUGUUUAAUUUUCACAUAGAAACGAUGACGGGUUAUGUUAAAGUUUGAAUUCAUUAUUUUUUUGGCUCCAUUUGUGGGCACCUGUACCUUAUGUAGAGUGUAAAUGAUCACAUUAAUGUUGAAAAGCUCUCACAUGUAUAUCAUAAUCAUAAUAUACGUAAAUAUCUGAAUGUAUUAACUUUGUGUUCUUCUCUA